AUGUCUGUCCAGUUCCUUCGACGCCUCGUACGGCCGUCCAUCUUUGCGCAAUCCUCUUUGAUUGCUGCGCGGCCGUCCAUCGCCGCCACAUCUCUCCACAACGCCUUCGCUGGCCUCUCGCUCGGCCCUACACCCGCAUCGCGAGCCAACAAAUGCACAUUGAUCCAGGUUCUACGUCAGGGGCGAAUUGCACAAAGAGCACGAAAGCUGCGAUCGCCGCAGCUCGCCAACCGACCAGAGCUGAAGGGCGUUUGCUUGAAGGUCGGCACAACGAAGCCGAAGAAGCCCAACUCGGGAGAGAGGAAGAUCGCCAGGGUCAGAUUGAGUACGGGAAAAGUCAUCACGGCAUACAUUCCUGGAGAGGGCCACAACGUACAGCAGCAUUCGGUCGUCAUGGUACGAGGUGGGCGCGCGCAAGAUUGUCCUGGUGUAAAGUACCAUUUGGUCAGAGGAGCAUUGGACCUGGGAGGUGUUGGCAACAGAAUCACAUCGAGAUCGAAGUACGGAACGAAGAAGCCAAAGGCCGCCGCUGCUUAA